UAUUUCUUUCGCUGGAUUGUGGUGAAUUCCUGAUUGUUACACUUACCACAUGUUGAUGUCAUGUUCGGGUCAUGCGAUCCGUUUGUGUUUAGAUUGGAUAAAAAGUUAUUUAUUUUAUUGAAUCGUAAAAUAAUUUGCUACUGAUGAUGGUUAUGGCAACGGAAACUUCGAGUCAAGGGGGUGAACCACGCGAGGAGGGAGCGGGUGCACAGGACGGUGAUACAGCUCUGCACGAAAGGCUAGUCGCGUAUGUGCGUGCACUCGACUCCAGCAAUGACUCCCGAUCGGGCGUGUGGGGCGAGCACUCGUACGCGCGCGCCCGGGUCGGGUCCGUCGCGGGGCCCGUCCGGGUGAUGCUGGGGCCGCGCGACGCCGGCGCCGCUCCCGCCGCCGUCGACGUCGAGAGCGUCGACCCGACCCCGCCCGAUCCGCCCGAGCCCGACGGCCCCGACCCGCCGUUCGGCUCCGGCUCCGACUCGGGCGGCGACGACGAGGACGACUGGGAAGCGAAGACGGUCGGCGGCGCGCCCCACGCGGACCACGCGCGCCUCGCGGCCUCGCUCGUGGACUCGCUCGGGCGGGUGCGACUCGCCCGGCUCGCGGGCGGCCGCCGCGCCGAGCGACUCGCGCUCGUCGGCGAGGCGACGCGGCUGAGGCUCGCGCUCGCGCCGCUGUGGCUGCGGCCGGGCGCGGCGCACGCGCGGCCCGCGGCCUGGCUGCACGCCGCCGUGGCCGCCGCGCCGCCCGCCGCCCGCCGCACGUACGACCGCCUGCUGGGCGAGCUGCGUCGCGCGGCGCCGCGCGUGGCCGAGCGGCUGACGGGCGCGCGCGGGCCCGGGCCGGCCGCGGCGGGCGCGGAGGCGGCGGCGCGCGCGGCGGACGAGCCCGGCCCGUGGCUGGUGUGGGUGGGCCAGAGCCGGUGGGCGCGCGUGCUGCAGGGGGCGGUGCACACGCGCGUGCUGGGCGCGGGGGCGGGGGCGGGGGCGGGCGCGGGGGCGGGCGCGGGGGCGGCGGCGCCCGAGGCGUGGUGCGCGGCGGUCGCCGGCUCCGUGCGCGCCGCCUUCGUCGACGUCCUCGCGGAGGCCGGGUGAGUCGAAAACGUUCCGUUCUAGUCGACGUUAAAAAAGGCUGAAAUAUUUAUUUAUUUUAUUAGGACAACCGACGAGACACAAAUCGUCUAUAAGUAAAUGAUUCAAUGCUUAUAAUAU